UUCGCAGGGAGGCAGAUCGUUGUGUCCAAUGUUUCUUCACAGAGCUGACUUGAACCUCUCUUUUCGAACAAAACGAGUCCCGCCGAGACAGCCGAGAGUCGGUUUACCUCUCCCGGACAGGAGCUGGGGGUGGUCCGGGGGAAAACAUUAAUGAUCAGCACCAUGGAAUGCGCAGUGGACGCGCAAAGCCUGAUCUCCAUUUCCUUAAUGAAGAUCCACAACUCCAGGACGCAGAGAGGGGGGAUCAAGCUGCACAAAAACCUGCUGGUCUCCUAUGUGCUGAGGAACGCCAGGCAGGUCUACAUCAAGGAGAAAUACGCGGAGAUCUACAGGAUGCAGCAGUACGAGGAGGUGAUGACGGUCUGCAACGAGAUCCAGGAGCUCAACCCGCUGGAUCUGGACGCAGAGGACGCCGACGAUGAGGAGCAGGCGCGGGCUUCUUGCUGCGUCGAAGAGACGAGUCUGUGCGACUCUGCGUGCCACAGAGGCGCGGCGCAGCCAGCGGCGCACGUCCGGGCGGCGAGCACUCUCCUCGGCUGCUCUCCCUUCGAGGACGGCAGCAAAGAGCCGGAGCCGUCAGACUACCGAAGCUGCUGCAUGGAGGCGUCCCCCGUGUCACACUUUGACCAGUUUUCUGCAGACAACAACAACAGGCACUGCAACAAAACCACAGUCCUGGACUUGGACACGCAUGUGGUGACCACGGUGGAGAACGGUUACCUCCACCAGGACUGCUGCUGUGACGCGCUCCAGUGCGGCCAGGGCGCGCAGUCCCCGGCCAAGAAACGGAAGGUUGAGUUCGGCUGUUGCAUUUCGGAGCUGGAGGAAGUAUCUGAUUUUACAGCCUCUCGCAAGAGAGCGAAACGCGAGGACUGUUCCUUCUCCAGCCCGGACUACACGGACACUUCCAAUAUCUCCAACCUGAUCUCCAUCUUCGGUUCGGGGUUUUCAGGGCUGCUGAGCAGACAGGCGGACUUGGAACAGAUCUGUAGCAAACAGGCCCUGGCCAGUCUUGGAGCAUGGACCCGGGCGAUUGUGGCAUUUUGAAUCAAACACUUUAUUUUACGGGAGACCGGGGCCGGUUGUAACACGUUUACCCUACAAAGUAUUAGACCUAGUAAACAAAACCUAACAAACCAAACAAACCUAUUGUCUACUGCCAAUUUCUGUUUGGGAACAUUGUUCUAAGCUUAGGGACCUGUUCUUGAAUAUUAACAAAGAAACGUUCCCUAAGACAGAUUACAAUAUCUGCAACGUUCCUGUGUUGAAAAAUGUCAUUUGUGGAACUUCAUGCUUUGUUACAGGGUCAAAAAAUUUUCAUUCCUGUGGAGACUUUUUUUUUUAAUGACCACACAGGAAUUGAUGAAUAUUCUUUGACAUUAUUUAUGUACACAAGUUAUUUGAAACCUUCCAGAAAUAUUCUUUGAAUGAGCAUCCUAAGUCAACACAGUACUUUCUUGGAAGGUUAUGGCAAAUAUUACCAAAUGGCAACAUCAUGGAAACAUUAGGCUAGGCAGAUCCACUGGGGAAACUGACAAUUUAACUAUUUCACAUCUUUCCUAUGUGGAGGUUUUACUACAUAAUAUGUAUUUGUUAAAGUCAAAAAUUGUGUAUGGGUAUUUAAAAAAAAAUCACAUUUUCUUGUGUCCAACCUCAGUUUGAUCAGUAGAUCAAACUGAGGUUGGACUGAAAACUGAGAUUUUCAUUGGAUUUGUUAGCCAUUGAUACAGAAUUUUAAACAUUAGCUAAACCCACAGUCUGUGUUGUAGUUAGAUAAAACUAAAAUCACAUCAGCUCAGAUGCUGGCUAACCUCAGUAGCUUUCAAGCUUUCAAACAGCUGUAACACAAACAGUGUUUCAAAAUGUUUUUGAGCUGAAAUCAUCAAGAAUUACAGAAUUACAUGUGACUGUAGUUCAUUGGUGUUCGCUGGGUGACAUCACUAAACACUUGCUUCUGAUUGGACGAAAUGUAGGCGUAACAACUGAACCCGGUCUCCCCUUAUAAAUGUGUAAAUCGACUUUAUUUUUGCAAGAAAAAGAAAAGCUAUUUAAAAGUUAGCGAUUUAACGACAAUAGUUUUGACAGGGAGAGGAAAGAGUUUGUGCCAUACGAGUCAUGUGCAGGCUUUCCUGUUCUCAGAAUGGGACACAUACAAGUCUACACAACACACUCUGGUGACUUAAAUCUGAUGAAAUGGAUUGACUGUCGUUGCCUUAAAUCCAAUGCACACUACUGCUAGCUACUGUCAAAACCGAAAGUACAUUGAAAGUGAGUGAAUGUCUCUGCUGUCUCUCUCUCUCUCGUCCUGAGCUGAGGAGCCUUUUGGGAAAAAAAAAACAAAACAAACCAUUAAAACAAAACAAAAAAAAAAAAUCUCCAUUUUUAAAUGGACCUU